AUGAGUUGGAAAAACGCCAUCUCCGAAUUCGUGCCGCCGUCACCACAGAAAGACGGCAGCAGUUUCGGCCGACGGUCUCGUCUGCAACAACAGCUACAGCAGCUACGACGGCAGAAGUCAAAAUUGCAGGCCCUGCGAGAACAACGUGAACGUGACUUUUGCCUCUACUUCAACAUUCCAGAUGCAAGACAGCUCCACGGUCCGGAAUCGGCCAAAAGGCGACCCACAGUCGCAUCCCCUGCCACUGCAGCUAUCAGAAGUGUAAGUGCACCCAGUAUGGAUCGAGCUCGGAAGGUCUGGACCACAAGUAAAAAAUUUGAAAUUCGGGCGGAGUCGGGUGAGGUUUUUUCCUUCUCACCGACCCAAUACUCCUCUGAUGAGCUUGACAUGGACGGUGAAAAUGCUGAUGGUAGAGACUCGGCGGUUUCCGGUCCAGCUGAACACUGUACACACAGCGGAGGCGAAAACAUGGUCCACGACGGGGGAAUUGGUGACGCAGACACUGACAGUGAGAAGGGUUUUUACACCUGUCAUAGCAAGACCUCCACGAGUAGCGUCACUCUUCUUUCCUCUCCCUCGCCAUCCCACGUACUGGAGUACCUGCAGAUUGAAGUCUUCUCCAACUGGGGUGAUGAGGACCUAGUAGGUAUCUCCCACCUUGAGCUCCGCCUUGAGUCGCCAGAAACCCCACUCCUUCCCAUAAAUGAUGUACAACUCUACAGAUCUUCCCCUCUGAAUGGUGACGCUGUCUCCCAUAAAAUUGCCAACGCUACCGAGGAGCUGCAUCUGUUCUGCACACAAAACGCCCUUCCAUUAACUGUUCCCGGCGUGCGUGAAUGUAGACUGACGGUAGUCAGGCCUCAGGCGCAGUCAUGUGUCCUCUUUGAGGGCGAACUUCAGAAGGCGCGUGAACACUCCGAGGAGGGUGAUUUCACCUGCUUCCGGUUUCCUCUGCAGACGGCGGGCGAAGAAGCCUUCCAGGAGGCUAAAAGCCUCGGCGAGCUGGCUACAAAUGUGUUACAGUGCUUGGAGGAGACAUUUGAGUUUUCUUUUGCU